AUGCUCAAUAGACGCAAUGAGGGGGCUUUUAUUCGUUGUGAUCAUACUCAACCGAAAAUAUUGUCCAAAGUCUGCAACGAGUACCAAGGGUGGGGCACUUCUACUAGGGGCCUUAUCUCGAAAAUAAACUUAUUUUCGUCCCUUUCUUCGUUUACUAAUUCGACAUCUCCUAUUCAAUACAAACAGCACUCCUUUUCCAAAUUAACUACUCUUGAAAUCAAAUCCAACAUGCAUUUCAUUAAGAAUAACGCUAUUGUUGUUACUAAAACUCCACAUACAGCUGAAGAAUUCAUUCAAAAGAAAAUCGAAUUGCUCACUGAUGAAGCUGAACCUUUCUUUGCCGUUGAUCUUGAAGACGUGUGCAACAAACAUAUCCGUUGGCUUACUUUAAUGCCUCGUGUAACACCACACUACGCUGUGAAAUGCAACGAUGACAUAAAUGUUAUCAAACUCCUUGCUUAUCUUGGAGCUGGUUUCGAUUGCGCAAGCAAAGGCGAAAUCAAAAAGGUUAUGGAUUUAGGCGUAUCAUCCGAUCGCAUCAUUUAUGCUAACCCAUGUAAACAAUCAUCUUUCAUUCGUUAUGCACAAGAGGUUGGCGUGGAAGUUAUGACAUUCGAUAAUAAACAGGAAUUAUUGAAAAUCAAACAAGUAUAUCCAAACGCCAAACUUGUUCUACGUAUCGUUACUGAUGAUUCGAAUGCUGUUUGCCGCUUUUCAAUGAAAUUUGGUGCCGAUAUGAAAACAGCACAUGAACUAAUUGAAAAAGCACAAGAAAUUGACAUGGAGGUGAUUGGUGUCAGCUUUCAUUGCGGUAGCGGUCAAAUGACAAGCAAAGCUUUUGUCGAUGCUAUUCAAAAUGCACGAAUCAUCAUGAAUUACGGAAUCAAAUUAGGCUUCAACAUGCAUCUUCUUGAUAUUGGUGGUGGUUUUCCUGGAAACAUUGGCACUGAAGAUUAUUUUGCUGAAAUUGCUGGCGCUGUUAACAGAGCGCUCGAUGAACAUUUUCCUGACGACGGAACUGUUCGUAUUAUCGCCGAACCAGGUCGAUACUAUGUUGCUUCGGCAUAUACAUUAGCAACGAACAUCAUCGCAUCACGUGAAAUGAUCGAACCAGAAACAGGCAAUGCGAAAUACAUGUAUUACAUCAACGAUGGUGUUUACGGGUCAUUCAAUUGUGUUCUUUACGAUCACUACGUUCCAGUGCCUAGUCUUUUCGCUAAGAACGCAUCAAAUGACAAAUACACAUCGUCAAUCUGGGGACCAACUUGCGAUGGUCUUGAUUGUAUCAAUACAACAAUCGAACUUCCAAAAUUAGAGAUCGGAGAUUGGAUGUAUUGGAAAAAUAUGGGUGCAUACACAAUUUCAGCAGCUGUCCAAUUCAAUGGUCUUCCAUUUGGUAAACCACUUUACUUUAUGUCGAAACAAUUUUGGGAUACAGUCAAAGCCGCUUUUCUCACUGUCCCACGUAAAUAUCAAGCCGAUACAUCUGCAAUUCGUCUCAAUUCAACCGAUUGCUCGAACGAAGUUGAAGACGACAUGUUACCUUGGCUUCCGGAAGAUAUUGCCGAAGAUACAACCGUGGUCACUAUUCAAUGA